AUGGCUGUCCGUAAUAAUAAUUCUGUGCCAUGCACAUCUCAAUAUAUAAAAAAUAACCAAUCAAAAUUAUAUAAUAAUAGAGUACAAAAUGAAAAUAAUUUACAAUACAAUUAUAACACUACCGGAAAUGAUAGUAUUAAUAAGGGAGAUAAAAAUAAUACUACAUAUAGCAAUAAUGUUUCAUCAAUUGGACCAUCACAUAUUGAAAUAACAACAGAACAAUUAUUAAAAUAUGAUAUACAAGUAUUUCAUGCUCAGUCAUCAGAUGGUACAGGACAAAAACAAGCUAUUCCAUGUAAACGUGUUAUUUUUGAGACUGGUCAAAUAGGUUGGAUGCCACUUUCAAUGGAUCAACUUAUGGAAAUAAUUAAUAAUCCACCAAAAGAGAUACCUGAACAAAUUCAGGGUAAUGUUAAUACAAAUAUUGUAUCAACACCAGCACCUGUUGUUGUACAAGUUGUAGCAUCUCCAAUUAAUAAUAUAUCUCAAACACAAAUAAUGGAAACUCAAAAUAUAGAAAAUUGUGAUUCUGAUGAUAAAACAAUUUAUGUUAAUCCCAAACAAUUUGAAAGAAUUAUGAAACGAAGGGAGGCGAGAAUGAAAUUACUACAGGAGGGUAGACUACCAAAAGAACGUCAAAAAUAUUUACAUGAAUCAAGACAUAAACAUGCUUUAAAAAGAGUCCGAGGGGAAGGUGGAAAAUUUGACACUGGAAAUGAAAGUUUUGCAGGUGAUGAGGAAAGUUUAAGUCCAAAUACUAAAAAAUUAUGUGAAGAGGAGGGUGAGGAUGAAGAGGAUGAUUGUUAA